AGCAAUUCUACUGGGCCGCAAUCCCUCGUCUUCCAAUUCUCCGCAGCCUUAUGAAAUGCAAAAGCAUCGUACUAGUAUAAAUCGCAUGAAAAAUUUCCUCAGCAUGAGAAAGAACAUUUGUAAUGCGGAUUUAACCUGAGAAAGAAACUUGUAAUGCAUGAAUGCGAUUAGUACGAGUACGAUACUUUUGCACAGAAUAAGCCUUCGCCAAACACCAUGACGAGUUCCAAUUUUAACCCGUUCGAGCAAAUAUCAGGUGCAAAAGUAUCCUACUCGUCGUAUAAAUGCAUUACAAAUUAUUUCCUAAGCAUGAGAAAUGAAAUUUGCAAUGCGGAUUUACCUUCAAGAGAAAGAUUUGUAAUGCAUGACUGCAAUCACUACGAGUGCGAUACUUUUGCACAGGAUAGCAAAGUCAGCAGAGCUCGGGGAUGACGGUGGGGACAGCAUUAGCGUUUGAAAAUGAGGUAUCGCGAGAAAAGAUUGUUUCACGGUGAACUUGUGAUGCAUAGAAUGAAUGGAGCACAGAGCUACUUAGUCGUCUUGCUACACCUGCAAGAGGACUACACCGGAGCUCUAUAGCAUGUUUUCCGUUCUUGGUUGGAAGCACGCAUGGCAAAUUCAUCUCUUCUUGUGUAAACAAAGACAAACUUGUGAUGCAGACCUUGCAAAAUUAUCACAGUGAAACAGUUUUUUCAUGCGAUAUGAGGAGCGAAAGUCAAGAAAUUCCUCUCGGCCGGGGACAACGAAGUCU